AUGGGGGACAUUGGCAGAAGUAGAAGAGAUGAGAGGGUUGCAAUCGCAAACGAGGAUAAUGAGUACGAGAUCGAAGAGUUGAGAGAAGGAAUCAAGUCAUCGCGGUUUGCCGCUGGGAGAAAGUUCAGUCGUCAAUCUAUAAUCAGCGGAUUCAAAGACCUCUCCUCCGGCCAAGCCAUUCAUCCUGACAACAGGUGGUAUAGAGCAUGGACCAAGUUCAUACUAGUAUGGGCAUUGUACUCUUCCUUCUUUACUCCCUUGGAGUUUGGGUUCUUCAGGGGAUUGCCAGAAAAUCUGUUUAUACUAGACAUCGUAGGACAAGUAGCUUUCCUUUUUGACAUUUCUUUUCACUUCUUCAUUGCCUAUAGAGACAGCCAGACCUACCGAAUGGUCUACAAGCGCACCACUAUCGCUAUUCGGUACUUGAAAUCUAGUUUUAUCAUUGAUUUACUUGGUUGCCUGCCUUGGGAUAUUAUCUACAAGGCAUGUGGAAGAAAAGAAGAAGUGAGGUAUCUCUUAUGGAUUAGGUUAUAUCGGGUUCACAAAGUCACAGAUUUUUUCCAGAAGAUGGAGAAGGAUAUACGAAUUAAUUACCUUUUUACAAGGAUUAUAAAACUUAUUUUUGUUGAACUCUAUUGCACACAUACAGCAGCUUGUAUCUUUUACUAUUUGGCUACCACACUGCCUCCUGAAAAAGAGGGGUACACAUGGAUUGGAAGCUUAAAGUUGGGAGAUUAUAGUUAUGCACGCUUCAGAGAAAUUGAUCUGUGGAAGCGGUACACAACUUCCAUGUAUUUUGCUAUUGUCACGAUGGCUACUGUUGGUUAUGGAGAUAUACAUGCAGUCAAUAUGAGGGAAAUGAUAUUCAUAAUGAUGUAUGUCUCCUUUGACAUGAUUCUUGGUGCUUAUUUGAUUGGUAACAUGACAGCCUUAAUUGUAAAAGGAUCCAAGACUGAGAAGUUCAGGGAUAAAAUGGCAGAUGUUAUUAAGUAUAUGAAUAGAAAUAGACUUGACAGGGAUAUCUGCAAUCAGAUCAAAGGCCACUUGCGCUUACAAUAUGAAAGCCAUUACACUGAGGCUGCCGUUCUUCAGUAUAUUCCCAUCUCUAUCCGAGCUAAGAUUUCUCAAUCUUUAUAUAUGACAUACAUUAAAAAUGUUUCUCUCUUCAAGGAAUGCUCUUCAGAAUUUAUUGAUCAGAUUGUUAUUAGACUCCAUGAAGAAUUUUUUCUCCCAGGAGAAGUAAUAAUGGAACAGGGAAAUGUGGUAGAUCAGCUUUAUUUUGUCUGUCAUGGUGUGCUGGAGGAGGUUGCUAUAGGGGAAGAUGGAUCAGAGGAGACUGUUUCGCUUCUGCAACCCAACAGCUCAUUUGGGGAAAUUUCUAUUCUCUGCAAUAUCCCUCAGCCUUAUACUGUUCGGGUUUGUGAAUUAUGUAGGCUUCUACGACUGGAUAAGCAAUCAUUUUCAAAUAUCGUAGAGAUAUAUUUCUAUGAUGGAAGGAAAAUUUUGAACAAUCUUUGGGAGGGAAAAGAAUCCAAUCUUCGAGUUAAGCAACUGGAAUCAGACAUCUCAUUUCACAUCGGAAUGCAAGAAGCUGAACUAGCUUUGAGGGUGAAUUGUGCUGCAUAUCAUGGAGAUUUGUAUCAGCUCAAAAGCUUGAUCCGAGCUGGUGCAGAUCCUAACAAAAUGGAUUAUGAUGGAAGAUCGUCCUUGCAUCUUGCUGCAUCAAAAGGCCAUGAUGAUAUUACAAGUUUCCUUAUUCAACAUGGGGUAGACAUCAAUCUUAAAGAUAAGUUCGGGAAUACACCCUUACUAGAAGCAAUAAAAAAUGGACAUGAUCAUCUUGCUGCUUUGCUAGUUAAAGAAGGAGCUUCCUUAAACAUAGAUUAUGCUGGUACUUUUCUAUGUACAGCUGUUGCAAAGGGGGACUCAGACUUUUUGAAAAGGGUUUUGUCUAAUGGAAUUGACCCUAACUCCAGAGAUUAUGACCAUCGAACCCCACUUCAUGUAGCUGCCUCUGAGGGCUUAUAUUUGAUGGCAAAGCUUUUGAUAGAGGCGGGGGCUAGUGUUUUUACCAAAGAUAGAUGGGGAAACACUCCCCUUGACGAAGGCCGGAUGUGCGGCAACAAAAAUUUGAUCAAGCUACUGGAAGAUGCAAAAUCUAUUCAGUUAUCAGAAUUCCCUUACCGUUCGAAAGGAAUUACAGAUAAAAUGCACCCAAAGAAAUGUACGGUUUUUCCUUUCCACCCAUGGGAUGGUAAAGAGCAGAGAAGACAUGGUAUUGUGCUAUGGAUCCCUAACACCAUUGAAGAGCUUGUUAAAACUGCUGCUGAGCAGCUAGAGUUUCCAGAUGGUUGUUUUAUAUUGUCAGAAGAUGCAGGUAAUAUUCUUGAUGUAGACAUGAUUAAUGAUGGACAAAAGCUGUAUUUGAUCGGUGAAACACUUUAG